GGAGAUUCCAAUCCAACCAAAACGCUUCAUCUUCUUCCGAUUUCUCUUCCUCUACGAAAAACCCUUUUGGAUUCAGACUUUUCUGGGUUUACCAGUUGGACUCAGAUAGCAGCUUAUAUUUGAACCCGAUAAUUUGCAGCAAAUAUGGAUGACUGGGAGGACGAGCAAAUUGCACCACUUCCAGCAAAAGUUGAGCUUAAAAGUAACUGGGAUGAUGAGGAUGUUGAUGAGAAUGAAAUUAAGGAGUCAUGGGAGGAUGAUGAUGAAGAACCUGCUCAGCAGCCUGUUGUAAAGCCUGCUCCAGAGAAGGCUCCUAAGAAAGCAGCCCCCAAAACUGUUGAAAAGAAGGGUAAAGCAAUCGAAGUUCCUAAAGAAGAACCUCUAGAUCCUAUAGCUGAGAAACUUCGCCAGCAGAGGCUUGUUGAGGAAGCCGACUACCGGUCAACUGCUGAGCUCUUUGGAGUGAAGGAUGAUGAAAAAAACCUUGAUAUGUUUAUCCCUAAGUCUGAAAGCGAUUUUUUGGAAUAUGCUGAAAUGAUUUCUCAUAGGAUUAAACCAUAUGAGAAAAGUUAUCACUAUAUUGCGCUGCUCAAAACAAUCAUGAGACUUUCACUGACCAACAUGAAAGCAGCAGAUGUUAAGGAUGUUGCUUCGUCCAUUACAACGAUAGCAAAUGAAAAACUAAAGGCGGAGAAAGAAGCUGCUGCAGGCAAAAAGAAGGGUGGGAAAAAGAAACAACUUAUUGUAGAUAAGCCCGAUGACGAUCUAGUGGCUGGUCCUUAUGAUGCCAUGGAUGACUUCGACUUCAUGUAGAUUAAAGAGCUUUUUCAGCA